GGAAGCCGCUCAGUCGCCUCUAAUCGGGCCUAAAGCAACCUUGUCCGUCUCUCUCCUCGCUGAGAAUGAACAGCUACAGUCUCGUGAAUUUGCACUCCAGUCGUAUUUGUUCGUGUGUUAUACCCAACAGGAAAAGUUUACAUCGGCUCAAAAACUGCUCGUUCUCGAAGACAGUUGUUUUUCGCGACUGAAACACCGCCACCGGUGUUUUAUUCUUUCUUCUUUUUCUUCCUCUUUCUCUCAUUUCGCCAACUCGCGCCAAGGAACAAGGCGCGCCGGUUACGCGACAUUUUCCGCUAAAUCUUCGCUUUCUUCUUCUUCUUCUUCUUCUUCCUCGUUUUCACGGAAGUCGAGUAGUCGAGCGAGUUGUUUCAAUCUGUUUUUCGACGAUUAUGCGCAGAGUGCAAAGUGCAUCUGUGAUUUCUGAAUUUGGAUUACUUCGAGACUUCACACAAGACAAAAUGCCAGUGCCAGUGUGGGACUGCACGGAUAUGGGCCUGCUGGACGAGCCCCUGGACACCUCAACGGUCGUGUCCGUCGACGUAUGGAAGAAAUUCGACCUUGACUAUUUGCCCCUCGAAUAUUCCCAAAGUUCGAAAUUUGAGGAUCCGUUUGAUGAGGAGGAUUACGACUAUCGUCUGCCCAGUAUCGAGGACGAUCAGAUAAUGGAGUCGUGCGAACUUAGACAUCAUGACUGCAUGUGGGCCGGCCUCUGCAUCAGUAAAGAACACAACAGUACCUUGGCGACAAAGAUCGACCCACAAAUACACAGAAAAGUACCUGCCGGUAGAAGUCUUUUGAUACCAAAAGCCGAGCCGAUUCCUCAAAAUUCGCACCAACAGAUGCAACAGCAAAAGCAGCAACAAAAGCAGCAACAAAUUCAACAGAAUCAGCAACAACCAAAGUGUCGAACGACAAAGAAUUUGGAGAGCGAUGGGGAUUCGCCGAGGCCGGAAACUCCGCAGAGCAGUGAAGAGUCCGAGACUGAGUCUGAUUAUGAGCCACCGAUUUUCAGACACGAUCAGAUCAGCAUCAACGAGAGGCUGUCGGAGUGUUUGUCGGAAGGUGCAAUUAAUGCGGUACCAAUUAGUGUUGUGACGGGCCAACAAUUAGUGAGAACUUUGAGAAAACGGAUAGUGAGCGAUUCCAUUUUUAAUGUCAAUGUCAAUGUCAAUGUCAAUAGCAGUGCCAAUGUCAAUGUCAAUGUCAAAGAAGAGACAACGGAUCUCAGAUACACCCUCAGCGAUCACUGCUAUCAUCUCAAAAAAUUGGAACAUCUGGGAGUGCAAACACCUUCGGACUCGGGAGAGACCGGGUCUAGUUCUGAUACUGAGGAAGAAAUAGACGUAGUCUCCUAUGAUAAGCCAAGCAGACAGCCGAUAGUUCUUCCCACCUUUCCUAGUCCUGCGGAUCAGCAUCAACUCCAGCACACGGUAAAGACAGCUUUUAAAGAGAAGCCCUCAAGGCCGCGAGGCCGGCCUCCUUUAGCCGCCAAUGCCCGUAAACGUGCCGCAGCUGCUGCAUCGUCUUCGCCCACGGUUGCCAGCCCAACCAAGCGUCCAAAACGUAGUAAAACUUAUCAGAAGCGGAGUAAAUACAGUGACAUUGGUGACAUACCAAUUCUUCCAACCAGUGGCAUCAAGUGCAUUCCACCUUCGAGAAGUUCCUCCGACGAUGAGCCGGACACGGAAAAGAGGAGUUUGCACAACAACAUGGAACGGCAGAGGAGGAUAGAUCUGAGAAAAGCUUUUGAAGACUUGAGGCUUCUCGUGCCGGCUGUUGAACGCAAUGAGAAAGCACCCAAGGUUUCGAUUUUGAGGCAGGCGGCCGCCUACUGUGAUAAAAUGACCAAGGAGGAUCAAGUCUACAUCAUGCAGGUCACGGAACUUCAGAGUCGACAGGAGAGGCUGCGAGCGAGACUUAGUCAACUUAGAAAAGACUUUGCCAACUCUCGCUGAACCGGGGAGUUACUGUAAUCCUUUAGCUUUAAAUUAAAGGACGUUGAGUGGAUAAUGAUGCGAUUGGUUCAACUUUGGUGGAAAAAAAGAGGAAGAAAAAAUUUCAGCUCUGGCAUGGUAUGUCCAUGGUAUGUCGCGAGAUUUGUACGCGUUGUUGUGAGUUUGCGGCUGGACCGUCACCACACACGCCUCUUGACCGAUCCGGACACCAUUCUGUAAAUUUUGUUAUGCACGGUGUACUCUGUCGGGAAGUUGGCUCUCAGUUUCUAUUUCUUUUAAGUGUAAAAAAAAGGAGAGACACCUCCCGACAGCGGAGUACGCUCAAGUUAUUGAGACUCAUUUGGAUAACUCUUAGAAUUGUAGCAGAUACAAUUUUUUAACGUGCACGGUUAUUACGUGUGUACGAAAAACGAGAAAGUGGUUACUUGCGAGAAAUUUCUUUGGACUUUUCUGGGUUUUCUUCACUCGACAAAGAUCCAAGUCUAAGGAGAGGUCGAGAGAUGCGGGACGCCAAUUCGAGCGGGACUUUUGCAGGGUGAAAGUCGAUCAAAAUCCAUUAGAUAGGUACAUUUUCUUUUGAUUCCAUGGACCAGAGUUUCCGAGAUAUCGAGAUAUCGAUUUGAUCAGAUCUCGAUGUCUCGCUGACUGCGGCCCACAUGAUCUGAAGGAAAAUAUCCAUCUAGCAAUUUUUAAAGCACCCUUGUCCUCGGAGGGUGGUCCAGCGGCGUUUCUGCACCUCGCCAUCUCUCUCAAGUUCCGAAUUUUACUUGUUGAACUUUAAAAAACGAAUUCGUGCUCGAGUGAAUUCAGCGACAAAAUUGUAACGAUGAGUAGUAGUGAGUUAACCUAAAAAAA